AACGCAGCACGGGAGCAUCAGCGCUGUGUAGAAAAGGAAAAGAGGAGGAGGUGGAAGCAGAUCGAGGAGAGGCAUGAAGACUAUCCCCGGGAUCUAAGCUGACAGACAGGCAGAGCAUCUUGUCUGCCCUCGCUCCUUAGGGGCCGACUGGAAGCGGAGGGAGGCCAGAAUGGAGGAGAAGAAGCAGUUCCUUUGUGGGGUGGUGGAAGGUUUUUAUGGGAGGCCUUGGUCUAUGGAUCAGAGGAAAGUACUCUUCCAGUGGAUGCAGCACUGGGGGUUGAACACCUACCUGUACGGUCCGAAAGAUGACCUGAAACAUAGACUGUUGUGGAGAGAAGUCUAUUCUCCUGAAGAGGAGGGUCAGCUGCGUACUCUCAUUGUAGAGGCCCAGUCGAGAGGCCUCAGGUUUGUUUAUGCGCUGUCUCCUGGUCAGGACAUAGUCUUCUCCUCUUCCUGCGACUUGACUCUACUUAAACGCAAACUAAGACAGGUAUCAGACCUGGGUUGCCAGGCGUUUGCCAUUCUGUUCGAUGACAUUGAUCAUUCCAUGUGUCAAGCCGACAGCGAGGCCUUCACUUCAUUUGCCCACGCUCAGGUCACAGUAACCAAUGAGAUUUAUCGGUUCUUGGGGGAACCGCCUGUCUUCCUGUUCUGCCCUACAGAGUACUGUGGUUCUCUCUGUUCUCCCAGUGUAUCCAAGUCUCCCUACCUGCAAACUGUGGGAGAGGACCUGCUGCCUAACAUAACAGUAAUAUGGACUGGCAGUAAGGUCAUUUCCAGGAAACUGUCACUGGAAUCCCUGGCUGAGGUGGAGUCAGUCCUCCAACGCCCCCCACUUAUUUGGGACAAUCUGCACGCAAAUGACUAUGACUCCAGACGCCUGUUUUUGGGGCCCUUUAAGGGUCGAGAGCCUCAGCUUAGGAACCAUCUCAGGGGCCUGCUGCUUAACCCCAACUGCGAGUUUGAAGCCAACUACAUCCCGCUGCACACGCUGGGAAGCUGGCACAGAGCUGGGAAAGAGGAUACGAAAGAUGAGGAGUGUGAGUACUGUCCGGACAGAGCUCUGUCUGCUGCACUGAAAGACUGGAUGGAAGAACUCAACCAACCUUUACAAGCUGGCCGGCAGAACACAAGGACAGACCAGCGUGCCUCUGUCCCAACAUCUCACUGUAAAACUCCUGACAGAUCUGACUGUCCUUCCACCUUCAGAGGAACCUCUACUGUGGCCAAACUCCCAGUCUUCCCCCUGAAUUCCAGCUCCCCUCCGUCCUCACCCACUAAAGUGAGUGGGGAGAGGGAAGGACGAGAGGGGGAGAAAAGGAAGUCAUACCAGUCUUGCCAACCGAUCCAGCAACCUCCAGGAACUAAGCCUGGAGCACCUGCGGCUGGAGGUCGGGGACAGAAAGCCCAGGGUCGUGGGCUCUGCGGUGGGAAAGGCCUGCUAAGUGAGUCGCAGGUGCGGCUGCUGGUUGGUCUUCAUUAUCUCCCUCACGAGCACGGCCCAUCAGCCCAGAAGCUACUGCAGGAUCUGACCUGGCUGAAAACAAACUGCCAGUUGGUCAGCACUAACAGCAAGAAGGCAGCACCUCAAAAGGUUGAUGAAUGGCGUGGGCGGGCCUCCAGGUUUCUUUCUCUGUGUGAAGACAUAGCGCAGCUCCACUGCAGUGUGGUGGGUGGGAACAACAGGGCUGUGCUCUAUGACCUUUACCCUUAUGUGUGGGACUUGAGGAACACAGCUCUGGUGGCAAAGGCAUUUAUAUGCUGGCUUGAUGGACGAGUGUUGAGUGACAGCUCUGCCCUCGGCUCCUGGAGGAACUGCUUCCAAUGGUGUGGGAAGACCACGGGAGCGGACCUAUUGGGAGUAGAGUCUGAGCCAUGGGCGUUCAAGGGGGGUGUGUCAGGGGAGGUGCAGAUGCUUCUGCCAGUAGGGAGCAGCAGUGAACUUUUUACUCAUCCUCCCCCUCUCUUCCCCACCUCUCGCCUCUACAAUAUCAGGCCAUACCACAGCAAAGACAAGGUGGAGCUGUAUCGAAUGGUCCGCCAACUUCACCUGAGGACACAGGGUGGGCCAGAGUCUAGUGCUGCUCAUCCAGAUGUCAUAGGAGACAGAUGUCUUGGACCAUGCCUAGCUUUGUGCCCCGAGUACAGCUUCAUCUUGGAGGAUGAGCUGGGCGUUUGCGGCUGUGUGUUAGGCAUCUUGGAUGUUCGCUCCUUUGCCAAGCGGUGCCAGGCCAGCUGGAUACCCGCCAUGAGGGACAAAUACCCACCAAAAAUGAACGGCACACAUCCAAACACCCAGGACCUGAUUCAGCUGAUGGAGGAGGAUCAGGGCGAGUACCCAGACUCGCUGCUCUACCACUUUCCCUCGCAGUUGCGACUGGACGCCCUACCCGAGCUGGUGGACAUCAGCAUCAGCCGCACCCUGCUCACCGCCCUCCUCACUGCGCUAAAGGCCAAUGGUUCUCAGGGUGUGUUCUGUGAGGUGCAGCCUACAGACCGUCAGAGGCUGGAGUUCUUGACUAAACUGGGCUUCCUGGAGAUCCUCAGGGGAGAAGCCAGGAGCAGAGAGGGGGUGGUGCUGGGAAGGCUGCUGUGACACAAAACACUCACAUAAGCAUUCACAUGAUCUCACACACACAGGCACACAAACACACACACACCACGACAAACAACAAAGACAUUUGCACUGAUGUGGUAGAUACACAAAGGCACUUAUGCACAGAGAGGUGUUAGAAAUGCAGUGUGCACGGCACAGACAUAAACAACUGUGCUUUGCAAAGAAGUGAGGUCCAUAUUUUUCUCCAUCAAGAGAGGAAACCUUCUUUUGAGUGACAGUUCUGGAUUCCUUUGAGUCUGUGUGGCAGUAAUGGGGAUCAACCCAGAGCUUUUGGAGGGAUUUACAAAAUAUAAAAUAAGCUUAAAGUUUAAACCUUUAGCAGGGCUGUGCUAAUCUUUCUCAGAUUCCACCCACGACUGAGGAUUACAAGAUUUCUCAAAGACAGUGAGCAACAGAAUAGUUUGAGAUUGUAGCAGAGUGCUCGAUCCAAGCAGCUCUGUGGGCCAUAGGUCUUUUCAUCAUACAUGUAUGCAUCUUUUUUUUAAAGCUGGAAUAAUCAGUGUUAUGGAGUUUUUUAGUACUUUUUCUUAUUCGCUUAUUUUUGCAGAGUUUUAAGCUGACAACACUACUAGUUUGAUUUAUUUGCACCGCUUUUAUCAGGUUAAUUUUCCGAAAUUGCAGCCAGGCAUUGUUGACAAAAAGAGAAACAUCUUUGUACACUACCUGCUCUCUGUCCAAAGACUAAUGCGUCCAGUUAUUUCUUAAAUAUAGCCAUAGUGAUGUUUUUGGAGUCUUGGGCUUACUAGUGCACGGAUUACACAAAAACGAGUGUAGCUUUAGUUGAAGCAGGCCAAGUCAAGCUGAUUUCAUUGCCAGACCCUUCUACACAUCUAGUUAGCUACAGAGGAUCCUAUUUAAGCUUCUAUAGCUUGCCCAGAGUUGCUGUGCAUACAAAACACUUUGCACACUACCUCCACCCUAGCUCCUCCUUUCACCUUGUGUCUGGCAUAAUUAGUACCAUAUCUGUGGUGUUGGUGAUGCUUUUCCUGCCUUAAAUUUUCCAUGUGUGCACCCGAAGAAGGCAAGAAGGUCCCAGAAAUAAGCCAUGCUGCCCAACGUAAGUUACUGCAGAUGGAAAUAACUGUAUUCUUUUGUAUAAAAUAUCCCAACUGAGGUGAUAUUUAAUGUAAUGACCAAGCUUGGUGCUGGUAGUCAGAUGUUGUCAGUUUUGGACUGAGCUAAAUGUGCCUGUCUCCCUGCUUCCAGUGUGCUAAACUAGCCGUAGCUUCAUAUUAACCACUCACAGAGCGUGUUGUCAAUCUUCAAACUACUUCUAAGUCAAGAUGAAAUAAUCCUUGCCAAAACCUGCCCAGGGAAAAGCUUCUGUGGCUAACCUAGCGUUCUCCUCUCUUCGCUUUGUUUAUAAAUGGUCAUCUUUUUUUCCUAUUUAAAUUUAGGAUGUUUUCCAGUGCCUGUCCUGCUGGUUUAAAAAGUAUGCUAACAUCAAAUCAGAACUAGGCUGGCAUCACUGUUUACACUCGCUUAGUUUAGAUGAAUGUUUACGUGCAUGAAGAACAAAAAACUGUGUGGCUGUUCAGAGAAUAGGGACACAAACAAAUACCAUUUUACUGGCAUGCUUGAACAUACAUGAUUUUUUUGUGGACAGCCAUUGUAGCUGUUAUGACGUAGGAACAAAACAAGAAAAUGCAAACGCAUGCGUGCUAAAAUUCAUUAGAAACACAGUAACACACACUCACACACAUACACAAUCUAAAGUUUACACGUAUUUGAGUUAGAUAUAACUGAUACCUCUCCCUCAUUUGACAAAAUUUAUACAGUUGUCAGAUCUUACAGACAUUGUCAGUGUGUAAAAACUGCUACACACUGGCCUAGGUGGUGGUGUGUAUUUUGUAUGAGAUGUGUGCAGUGAGUGACUCAGAUGUGUGAGUGAGUGCCAAAAAAAAAAAAAUACAAACCAAGACAGCUUUGUGAUUCUGCCUUUAUUCUAAACAGCAGUGAACACAGGUCUGUCUGUCAUCAUUACAUAGAUGUUGUUUCUACAACUUUCUAUGACUAUUAAUAAAAUACAAUUAUUGCUCCUCCAGGACUGUUACUGCAACUGGCCAAUCAUGUUGUUGUGAUGUCAUAGCUUAAAGACUUAUGAAAAGGCAGUUAGGAAGUCAGACAAAAGCGCAUGAAGAGCCAGAAAAAGGAGAAAGAUAAAGGGCACGUUAUGGUGCUUCACUGUGUUAACCACAGGACUUUCACCCAGGACUCUGGGGUUUAUGUUGCACGUGAAACCAAAAGCCAUUGAUAAAUCAUCAUCGUUUGAGCUGCCCACCCUCUUCAGUUUUUAAAGUUAAGUUAGAAUUAUGCAAUAAAAUGGUUUGAGAAAAUUUUGGAGUAAUCAAAACAUUAACCAGAUGUUGGAAAGCCUUUCAAAAAGCCCUGAAGGUGUCACUUUAUGACACCACAAGAUUGUGAUUGGUCAGCAGUGGUGGGCCUGAAGCAUCGUCAUGUACAAUGUUCCAAGUACAGUUGGUGAUUUCCAGCUGUGCGAUUAACACACACACACUUGCGCCCGUGUGCACAUACAAACACAAACACACACACUCAUUCUAAAAAAAGCACAACGACACUCACAAUCAAAUCUUCAACUUAAAGUAUGUAGAACUAUGAAUGUUCUUUUUUUGUAAUGCAGCUUAAGAAGACGCAACUACUGUUUGUGCAGGUAUUUAUAUUUCUACUUUUUUUUUUUAACUAUUAUGCUCGAUCAAUCACAGACUGAAAGGCACUUUUGUAAGUUUCUUCUUCUUACCAGCUUCAUCAGCAUUGUCUGUUAAGUACUUCAUGUAGUCCCAGGUAAUUGUGUAGAAGAGAAAAAAAGGCAGCAAAAUAUGCAUGAUGUAGAGGAAAUCUUUAGAAAAGAUGUCACAUUGUUUGUUGCAGAAAGUUGUCGUUUCACCUUUAUGGAAAUUCAGUGUUAUUAUUAUUUUUUUCUAAUUUAAAAGUGUGUAUGUGAAUGUAGGCGUGCGUGUUUGGGGUGAUGAUGGGAAAUAUAUGUACGUGAACAAUCUACACAGGCAACAUGGAGCACUGUGAAAAAAGAAAGUGUAGUAAACCACAAUGUUUUUGAUUUGAGAAUUUUUAACAAGUGUCAUAACAAUAAUAGUAAUAAUAAUAAUGAUAAAAGUAAUAAUAAAAGCAGUUGCCUUUAAAUUCCAGGCCUAAGCAGCUGACCACAGUUAAAUUCAGCAUCUCAUUAUCCAGUUUCCUGCCUGCAUUGAGCAACAUGUAUGGUCUGUGUUUACAGUGAGUUCCAGUGGAGUGCUGUUGUAUGUCUAUGCAGGGUAAUGAACGAGUCUGAAAAAAAAAAAACAACCAAAAAAACAAACUAGAAUUCAGUCUGUGUUUUUAUUGACAAUAACAGUAAAACUGUCAUUUUAAAAAAACAAUGAUUUUAUUGACUUGUUGAUUUUCAUGCUUAUUAAAAGAGGUUUUCUUUCCCU